UGUCUGAGAGAGAAAAAGAUGAACGAUGCAGAUGUGUCAAAGCAGAUACAGCAGAUGGUCCGGUUCAUCCGGCAAGAAGCAGAAGAGAAAGCAAAUGAGAUCUCCAUCUCCGCCGAGGAGGAAUUCAACAUCGAAAGACUUCAGCUUCUCGAGUCUGCCAAGCGUAAGCUCCGUCAAGACUAUGACCGCAAGCUCAAGCAGGUCGAUAUCCGCAAGCGAAUCGACUACUCCACGCAACUGAAUGCAAGUAGGAUUAAGUACCUUCAAGCACAAGACGACGUUGUCACCGCCAUGAAAGCUUCAGCAGCUAAGGAUCUUCUCCGUGUCUCCAACGACAAGAACAAUUACAAGAAGCUUCUUAAGAGUCUCAUCAUUGAGAGUUUGCUGCGCCUGAAAGAGCCAUCAGUGCUGCUGAGAUGCAGAGAGAUGGACAAGAAGGUUGUUGAAUCGGUCAUCGAGGAUGCUAAAAGACUGUACGCGGAAAAAGCCAAAGUCGGGUCUCCUAAGAUCACCAUCGACGACAAGGUCUUCCUUCCUCCACCUCCUAAUCCUAAGCUCCCUGAUUCCCACGACCCUCACUGCUCGGGUGGGGUGGUGCUGGCCUCUCAAGACGGCAAGAUUGUCUGUGAGAACACUUUAGACGCACGCCUUGACGUCGCCUUCAGACAGAAGCUUCCCCAGAUCCGAACGCGCCUCGUUGGAGCUCCGGAAACCUCCAGAGCAUGAUCCCAGCACCCCAAGUUUACAAUAUUUUGCCAAUGCCUCAAUAAGUGACACAUUUUGGCAUUGCUACACUUUCAAAAGGAUUGUCACUUUUUAGGAGAUCAACUGUUUUUAGUUUGUCGCAUCCUUUUCAUCUAAUCAUCUUUAAAAUGUUGUCAAGAGAGAAUAACUGCUCACAAAAUGAUACAGAAAAUCUAUUAAAGUCAAUUUCCUCUA